AAUAGUAUGAUUCAAAAAUUUUUUUUAAGGAAAAAAUUUAUUUUAUCCAAUUAUAUAAUAUUUUAAAGUAUCUGUUGAAAUAACUUCUUUAUUAACUGCGGUUUUCUAGUACAUGGCUAGCAUCUGUGACCAUGGCUAGCAGCAAUGACGAACAUGUGGAUCAGAAUCCUUAUGCCCACUUAAUCCAGACAGCAACAAUAAAUGGAGAGGAUUAUUGUUAUUUCAGCCUUCCAAAACUGAAUGAUGCUAGAUAUGAGAGAUUGCCUUUUUCUAUCAGAGUUGUAUUGGAAUCUUGUGUGAGAAACUGUGACCAUUUUCACAUUCAUACUAAAGAUGUUGAAAAUAUCUUGAAUUGGGAGGUGAACCAAAAUGAGAAUAUUGAAAUACCUUUUAAACCUGCCAGGGUUUUACUGCAGGAUUUCACUGGUGUCCCUGCUGUUGUUGACUUCGCAGCCAUGCGAGAUGUGGUCAAGCGGUUGGGUGGUGAUCCAGCUAAAAUAAACCCUGUGUGUCCUGCUGAUCUUGUCAUUGAUCACUCAGUACAAGUGGAUGUUUCCAGAAGCAUUACAUGGUAUUCCCCCAACCCAGGCGGUGGCAAAACCAGCUGUGGCAGCAGUGGCUCAAGUCAGGAGACUGUCUACCACUAUUCUAAUGGUUCAGAUGCUCUCCAACAAAAUGAAAUUCGUGAAUUUGAAAGGAACGAAGAAAGAUUUCGAUUUUUGAAGUGGGGCUCAAUUGCUUUGAAGAACAUGCAGAUUAUACCUCCAGGUUCUGGAAUUGUACAUCAAGUGAAUUUGGAAUAUCUUGCAAGGGUUGUUUUUAGCAGUAAUGGUAUGCUGUAUCCUGAUUCAGUAGUUGGGACUGAUUCUCAUACUACUAUGGUGAACGGCCUUGGUGUAGUAGGCUGGGGUGUCGGUGGCAUUGAAGCAGAGGCUGUCAUGCUUGGUCAAUCAAUUAGUAUGGUGCUUCCUAAAGUUGUUGGUUACAAAUUGAUUGGUGAACUUGAUCAAUACACAACAUCCACUGAUGUGGUCCUUACAAUUACUAAGCAUCUACGAAGUGUUGGUGUUGUUGGUAAAUUUGUUGAGUUCUAUGGCCCAGGAGUUGCCCAACUUUCUAUUGCUGAUCGAUCAACCAUAUCCAAUAUGUGUCCUGAAUAUGGAGCUACUGUUGGUUAUUUUCCAAUUGAUCAAAUGAGUAUGGAUUAUCUUCAACAAACCAAUCGCAGUGAAGAAAAACUUUUAUAUAUAGAAACAUUCCUUAAAGCAAACAAAAUGUUUAGAGAUUAUACCAAAUCUGAGGAGGAUCCUAUAUAUAGUGAUUAUUAUGAAUUGGAUUUGAGCACAGUAAGUUCAUGCUGUUCAGGACCCAAACGUCCUCAUGACAAGGUAUUAGUGACAAAUAUGAAAGAAGAUUUCAAGAACUGUUUGAUAUCACCAGUUGGUUUCAAGGGUUUCCAGAUUCCUCCUGAUAAAUUAAAUAUAACCAUUCCAUUUGAGUUUAAAAGUAAAGAAGAAAUUUUAAGUCAUGGUUCUGUUGUUAUGGCAGCCAUAACUAGUUGUACUAAUACCAGCAACCCUUCUGUUAUGCUAGGAGCAGGUUUAUUGGCUAAAAAGGCAGUGGAUGCUGGUUUAAAAGUACCUUCUUACAUCAAAACUAGUUUAUCCCCUGGCAGUGGUGUAGUUACCUAUUACCUCAAAGAAAGUGGUGUUAUACCUUAUCUAGAAGAAUUAGGAUUUAAUAUUGUUGGCUAUGGUUGUAUGACUUGUAUUGGAAACAGUGGCCCAUUGUCUGAAGAAGUAUCUACAGCUAUUGAAAAGGGUGAUUUGGUGGCUGUUGGUGUACUAUCUGGAAAUAGAAACUAUGAGGGACGUGUUCACCCACUUACACGAGCCAACUUUUUAGCUUCGCCUCUCUUAGUCAUUGCCUAUGCUUUAGCUGGAACUAUCUGCAUAGACUUCGAAACAGAACCAUUAGGUUAUAGUGCUGAUGGAAAACCAAUAUACCUCAAAGACAUAUGGCCUACCAGAAAUGAAAUCCAGGUUGUUGAAAAGAAGAAUGUAAUUCCAGCUAUGUUCAAAGAAGUCUAUUCAAAAAUAACAACUGGUAAUGAACGUUGGAAUAAACUUGCUACACCUGAUGAUUUAUUGUACCCUUGGGAUCCAAGGUCAUCAUACAUUAAAUCCCCUCCAUUUUUUGAUAACAUGACUAAGGAACUACCUGUUAUUGAAUCCAUUAAAAAUGCCUAUGUCCUUAUGAAUUUUGGAGACUCUGUUACUACAGACCAUAUAUCUCCAGCUGGUAGCAUUGCUAGAAAUUCACCUGCUGCUCGUUACUUAGCUUCUUUAAACCUGAAACCUCGAGAAUUUAACUCUUAUGGUUCUCGCAGAGGUAAUGAUGCUGUCAUGGUUCGUGGCACUUUUGCAAAUAUAAGACUUGUCAAUAAAUUUAUGUCUAAACCAGGACCUAAAACUCUACACAUACCAACUGGAGCCACAAUGGAUGUAUUUGAUGCAGCUGAAAAAUAUAAGCAAAGCAAUAAUAGUGUUAUCAUAUUAGCAGGAAAAGAAUAUGGUUCUGGUUCUUCCAGAGACUGGGCAGCUAAAGGGCCUUCAAUGCUGGGUGUCCGUGCUGUGCUAGCUGAAAGCUUUGAACGAAUUCAUCGCAGUAAUCUUAUUGGGAUGGGUAUCAUUCCUCUGCAAUAUUUGCCAGGUGAGUCAGCUGAAUCCCUUGGCCUGACUGGAAAAGAACAAUAUACAAUUACUGUACCACCAGGAAUGAAACCUCAAUUAACAACAACUGUUGAACUGAGUACUGGAAAGACAUUUGAGGUGCUUUUACGAUUUGAUACGGAUGUGGAGUGGACAUACUUUUCGAAUGGUGGCAUCUUGAAUUACAUGAUACGUGGUAUGCUAUGAUGUUGACUCGAAAGGAUAGAGACAUUUAUUUCUACUGGAUCUCAUUGAAGCAAUUACUACUUCAAAAACUGCUUUGUGAGCAGUAAUAGAUAGUCGAGUGCCUUCUGAGAUUUAAAUAAAUUAAUCCACACCUGUCCUUUAUUGAGGGGGUAACAUUAGUAAUAUGUUUGUUAUGCUUAAGUAGACUCACUAACACUGGUUUACAGUUAGGAAGGUUGCCAUUAUUGAUGCUACUGUUUAAAAUAUUAUAUCUACAUACAGUAAUCAAUACAUUGGUCAUCUAGAAAAAUCCUGUCUAAGGCUGAUGUUUUAGCUAUCAGAAGGAUCAAUGUAUGGAUAGUAUUCAACAUCCCGGUCUCUGACUACUUUUUAAUAAAAUUUAAUAUUUCAUUUA